UCUCGUCAAAGGCGAGAUCACGCGAGAGUUGGUGAGGGUCGUGCCGUGCCUGGCUGUGGGGAGAUACCGUCUUUGUUUUUUCGGCUUUAUCCUGAGUGCUGGGUGAUUACCAAAGAUCAGACGACGAUGAGUGAAGAUAACACCGAGAUGAAGGGAGAUGCAGAGGUGGAUUUGAUGGAAGAAUUACUGGACUCUGCAGAGAAUUUUGAUGAUGAACUGAAUGAUGUUGCUGAUGACAAAACCAAUAAACGUCGUAAAAAAGCAGUUGAAACAACCAAAGAUGCAGCAGGAAAGAUGAAAAAAGAGGAGAGCAAGGAAGCUGCAAUCAAAAGAGCCAAAUUAAAGGAGAAACAGGAAGCUAUUCGAAUGAAGCGAGAGAACAAGAAGAAAACCAAACCCGUCAAGAAAGAAAAUGAGGGUGAAGAGGGAGACAAAGUUAUCGAGGGUGAUGGAGAUAUGGAGUUUGACACACGAAGUGAAGCUUCUUCUGACCAUAAACUUUCUGAUGAUGAACCAUCUAUGAGUGAUGCCUCCAGGACAUCCUCCAUUUCUAGGGAAUCAUCAGUUGAGAAAGAUGACAUGGAGAAGGAAGAAAUUAGGAACCGAAAACGCAGUGCUUCCGAGACUUCUCUGAAGAGUGCAGAUGAUCCAAUGAAGACUUUGAAAGAACAUCCAGUGAAGAAGAAAUAUGACUACAUAACAAAAAUAAACUACAUGUUCCGAGAUGCAAGAUUCUUUCUAAUGAAAUCCAACAAUGCUGAUAACAUUUCUCUUUCAAAGACUAAAGGAGUGUGGUCCACUCCACCUCAAAAUGAAGCAAAAUUAAAUCAAGCUUUCCGUGAAGCCAGGAAUGUCAUCCUAAUAUUUUCCAUCAAAGAGAGUGGGCGAUUCUGUGGAUUUGCAAGACUAGCUGGGGAAUCUCGCAGGGACUUGCCACCUGUGACAUGGGUCUUACCUCCAGGACUUUCUGCACGGGCUCUUGGUGGAAUAUUUGAGCUUGAUUGGGUAUCCAGGAGAGAUUUAUCCUUCACCAAGACUCAACACCUUUAUAAUCCCUGGAAUGAAGGCAAACCAGUAAAGAUUGGCAGAGAUGGUCAGGAAAUAGAGCCCCGUGUAGCAGAGGAGCUGUGUCGGUUAUUUCCUAAAGAUGAAGGAAUAAAUCUCACGCCAGUUUUGCACAAAAGUAAACGUGCUUCAAGAGUGGCCCGUGCCAGAGGUCCACUUCGUCGGCCACUACAGUCACCCGGAGACCGCAGAGGCCGCCCUAGAGAACGUGGAAGCUUCAGAGGCCGUGGGGACGUUGGCUUCAGCCGUGGAGCUGGACGGCGUAGACGGUUUGAGGGAGAAGACCUAGGACCACGUAUGAAGCGCCUGAGGGGACCGCCAAGUUUCAGAGGCAGAACUGAAAAACCAAUUCUUGCAGUGCCUGCAUAUCCUCGGGAACGCAUGAGAGAACGGUCUCCUGUGUAUAGGAGCGUUCCUCGUCGUGAAGGCUCUUCCUAUAAUGGCACCAGCAGUCACAAGUUGGUGAGUGUUAUAGAGACCUACCAGGAUUUUAUGCGAGAGAUGAGAGACUUCCACACACGUGCACCAAGUAACUUACCACCAAUGGCAUUCCCUCCACCACCACCUUUUGAUCCUAUUGGUCCUCCACGAUAUUAUGAUGGACCACCACUACCAGACUACCCGACCUCCCGAUCCCGCUCUGAAAAACGACCAUCAAGUGAUCCAUAUGACCGCAGUGUAGAUGAGUUCUUACAAAGGACCAGAGAAAGAAGAGACAGAAGUCGAGAACGAAGAUAUAGAGAACGUAGAUAAGCAGUAAAGUGUGGUUUCCUAACCAUUUGUAAAUUGAUAUGUUAGAUUGACAGUUAUAGGAUCUCCAUUUAUUGGAGAUACAGUAUCAAAAAUGUGAGUUUGAGGUAUAUACGUAUUUGAAUGCAGUGCCACGCAACCAUUCAUAAUAUCAAGGUUGUUAGAUUACAGUAGAUACAGCAGCAGGACAGUACGAACAUAGCUCCUUUGCAGUAUGACACAACUAAAUAAUCAUAACUAGCAAGCAGAAGGAAGACAUAUAGGGGUUGCUGGUAUGGAGGCAAUUCAAGAAUAUGGUUACACAGCCAAUUCAAGGGAGGAAAAUGACUACCUUUCCCUCAAGUUUACCAUGAUGGUGUACAUCUUCCACACCAUUUUCUACUGUUGCAACACACUCUGGUUUUCUCUUCCGUAACCUCAAGCAUUUCUCCAGGGAUACCUCGAAGUAUCACUUUCUGUAUCACAAAUGUAGCCUAUUUCUUCAUUACGAGUGCUUCCAACGUAGCAUGGUGCUGCUCCCCUGAGUCCCUGACUUCUCUUUUCCUUCAAAUAAAAUUUCUUAACUUUUCUAUAUAAAAGCACUGAUGUAUAGUGUCUCCAGCUUCCUCUUAGUCUUUGUGGUGAUAAGAUUCACAAGAUUUGUAAGAGCUCGACAACUUGUGAGGAAGUUUGGUUGUGAAGCUUGCGAUUACUCAUCAUUGCUGGAGGUUGAAUAAUUUUCCUCUUGCUUAGUUUCCUGCCAUUCCUCCAUUGUCCAUCCUUCCAUCAUAGUAGCCUCGAAGGAAGAAGAGUCACUCCUCUACUGAACUGGCUGUCACCAUAUUCUUGAAUUGCCUCCAUCUUUGGCUGCCUUGCUGUACCUUCCUCUUGCUGGCUAGUAGUGAUUAUCUAGUUAUGUCAUGCGGUAAUGUAGCUAUGCUCAUACUGUCCUGCCUGUAAGUCUAUGAUGAUCUAAGUUGGCCUUAAAAUUAUGAAUAUUUUUUUCUUGCAUCACAUCCUUGUUUAGACAGUUCUAUGUAUCAACUACUCUGCAGAAAACUAUUCUUUUUAACAUCUCUUCUACAAAUUUAUUUUUUUAGCUUCUUUCUGUGUCUUGUGUAUCCCAUGCCUCAGUUUCAUUGCUGUCUAGGUUUUUCAGUCUUUCCAUUUGUCUAUAUAUUGCUGCUAAGUCUCUCUUCCUUCUUUGUUCCAGAGUUGGAAGGUUUAGCUUUCCUUGUCUCUUAUCAUAUGUUUCAUGGUUGGGAUCAUCUCUGUUGCUGCUCUUUGUAUCCUUUCCAAUUUCUUGACAUGUUUGUUCAGACUUGGUGACCACAUCACAGCUGCAUAUUCGAGUUUUGGACGAAUUAUCAUUACAAUCAGUUUCCUCAUCACUACUACAUCCAAGUACACAAAUGCAAUUCUUAUAUUCCUGUGUGUGUGUGUGUGUGUGUUUGCAGUCACGUGUACUUAUACAAUUUACCAUAUAUAAUAAUCAAACCAACCAAAAUUUGCUCUUGCUAGCAUCUGUACCAAUAAUUUGCUAAAGUAAGCUUCAUUUAAGAUAUUGUUUUAUUAAUUUUAUAUGUAACUAUCUUAUUGUCCUUUAGUGUUCUUAAAUAUACCCAGAAACUUGCCCUCUAAAUAAAAAUGGCACAUAUUGAGUCAUGCUUUUAGGUAAUGAAAACUGUAAUGGCACAACAUAGAUAUGUUUCAGGUGAACACUCUCUCUCUCUCUCUCUUUCUCUCUCUCUCUCUCUCUCUCUCUCUCUCUCUCUCUCUCUCUCUCUCUCUCUCUCUCUCUCUCUCUCUGGUGAUUCUGCAACAAUUACAUGUCAUUGAUGAACACACACACACACACACACACUAGUGUUGUGGGAAAGCUCUGUGAAAUUGUGAUCAAAGAAAAUGCCUGGAUUAUCUGAAGGAAAGUGAAAUCAUAAAUAGUUCCCAAUUUAGAAAAUGCCUGGAUUAUCUGAAGGAAAGUGAAUUCAUAAAUAGUUCCCAAUUUAGAUUUAGGAAAGGAAAAUCAUGUAUAACAAAUCUACUAAGGUUCUAUACACGGGUAACAGAUGAGGUACAAGUGAGAGAUGGAAGAGUGGACACAGUGUAUAUAGAUAUUAAAAAGGCUUUUACAGAGUACCACAUUGAAGAAUCUUAUGGAAAAUUGAACAUCUAGGAGUACAGGGAGGUAUCUUAACAAAAGUGGAUGAAGGACUACUUAACAAAAAGAGAAAUGAGGACAGUAAUAAGAAACACUAUCAAGUUGGAGCUCAGUAACUGGUGGCAUACCACAGAGGUCAGUGCUGGCACUAAUAAUGUUUCAAAUAUAUAUAUUAACGAUAUACAGGAGAACCUGAGUAGCUGCAUGAAUUUGUUUGCUGAUGAUCCAAAACUCUUGAGAGUAAUAAGGAACAAUGAAGAUUAUAUGGAAUUGCAGAGAGAUAUCAAUAAUACCUGGGAAUGGAGCCAGUAGUGGAAAUUAGAAUUUAAUGCCAAAAAAUGUCAUGUGAUGGAAAUGGAUAAAAGUAAGGGAAGGCCCACGUGGGAGUACUAAAUGGGAGAAGAGGUUAUAAUGUAAGAGAAGGACCUGAGAAUGAUUAUACAAGACAUCUUGACCCCAAAAAGGCCCACAAAUGGGUUAUUUGCUUCAACAUAUAAGAGACUAGCAAAUGUUGGGGUGGCAUUUAACUUCAUGGACAAGGGUAUGAUGAAAAGAUCAUAACCACAAUUAUAAGGCCUAGACUUGAAUAUGCUGCAGUGGUGUGGUCACCACACAUGCAAAAAGACAUCAGGAAACUAGAAAGAAUCCAAAGGAUAGCCACAAAGAUGAUUCCAGAAAUAAAGGACCUUCUCUAUGAAUAUGGACUAAAGAAAAUAGAACUGCCAACUUUUACGGAUAGACGGGGAAAGAGGAGAUCUAAUAACGAUGUACAAGAUAGUGAACAGUAUGGAAGAAAUAGAUAGACAAGACUGGGGAUCACUGACUGAAGAUGGAGAUAUGGACAAGAGAACACAUGGAAGAUCAGGAAGAGUCAUUGUUUGAGAAGGAUUAAAAAGUUAAGUUUUCCACAUAGGACGGUGGACAUCUAGAACAGCUUGAAUGAUGAGAUCAUAACAGCAGAAAGUGUGCACAAAUUUAAGGAAAAGUUGGAUAAAAUUAGGUGUGGAGGCAGCUCACUAUGAGCCCUGCUAGAACUCUGUAAUACACACACACACACACACACUAUUUUGUAUGAUGUUUUCAAGAUGCUAUUUACACUACACAUUUCAAUUAAUUCUUUAAUUUCAUUCAAAAGAAUGAAAUUCUCUAUUAUUUGUUAUUUUUAAUUAUUAUUUAUAAUUAAUUUAUUAUUAUUAUCCACUUGUAUUGGCAUAUAAACAAAAGUAACAUUUAUUAUGGAAUAUGCAAAUAUGUUUUAUAUUUGGGAGGUAAGUGUGCAUGUGUGUGUGUGUGUGUGUGUGUGUGUGUGUGUGUGUGUGUGUGUGUGUGUGUGUGUGUUGGGAAGGCUUUUUGUCCAUCAUUCCCUUCUUUGUGGAGCUGUUAGUCUAGCAUGAAGAUAGAUUGUUUACCAUUAUUAUCAUGAGAGAGAGAAGCAUGUCAUUUGUUAGUUGAAAUUUCUUUGAGUUGGGUAGUGCCCAUUGCAAGUAUCCUUUUAGAUCAGAUAUAAUGGUAUUUUUUUUCUUUAUCCCUCUGAAUAUUACAUAUUUUAUUUAUGUAGAAUUAUGAAACAUAUUUAUAGUAUAGCUUAUAUUUUCUUUAGAAAAUAUCAAAGUCCAUCUCAUUAAUGAAAAAUAUGAACAGGAUUUCAUGGAUCUUGAAUACAUUGUCAAUGCUUCCUCAACAAGACAGUGCAUUUGAAGUUACUGGUGGCAAUGCUAUUUUUAGCACCGGGGUGAUAGUGUGAUCAUUUGUGUUUCUAUGGAAAUCUGUGUGUUCUUCAAACAUAUUUAAGAAUUUGUUUAUGAAAAUGGAUAAACAACAUUUGAAGAAUAUAAAAUGCUUCCAAACGGUAUUUUGGACAGCUACCUCACUUCUUCUUACCUCUGACGAAUGAGUUAGAGUAUAGAGUUCACAGUUAGUCUUAGAUACAAAGGUGGGCUCAUUUGCAUUUGUGUUUUAUACUCAUAUCUUUUUAAUGCAGUGAUAUAAUCCCUGCAAGUUAUCAUUGACUGUAUUAUUUUCUCAUUAUCAGUGUAUUACAAAGGCAAUACUUUAAUACAACAGUAAUGUAAAAUAAGUCUGCAAAUGUUUGUAAAUAGAUGCUUCAAGGCUAUUUUAUGCCAUCAAAAGCAUAUAUAUUUUUUAUUUUCAUACAUGUUCCCUUUGAUUGUCAUUACCCUAUUUUUAUAUCCCUUAAAUAAGGCAACUGUAUUGUAAAGUGGUGUUCAUAUUUAAGUUGAUUUCAGGCAUUUCAUAUCUUGAAUACUGAAGUGUUGCUUUGUAUCAUAGAAAUAUAUUCCAAUUUUUUAUAUAUGCCAUUCAUAAAAAAAAUAAUAAAAUAAAUAGAUAAAAAGAGAUGUAGAUCUCCAUGAAGGGUAGUUGAUAUAUUUUAAUGGUGAUUUUUGUAAUAUUAAUCAGCUUGUAUUUUAUAAUAAAUAGCCUUUCAGGCUUAUCACGUUUGUUGUUCCAUCCUGUUCACAAUGGAGAUACACAGAUCAAUAUGAGACAGUGGUCAUUGGGUUUUUACCUGAAUAUGUAUUUCCUUCAAACCCCAUCAUGAGUUCUACAUCUUAAUCUCACUUGGGUGCCUAGACACGUUUUGUAUUGUAGUUUGCAUUAAGGCCGUUCAGUAAGACUACACCAAAACUGUUUAAGAUCUUAUCCCAACUAGUGCCCAGCAAGCCAUAUUAGCUUGUGAGGAUUGUUUUACCAGUGUAUGAACCAAGGAGAAAAUUAUCUUUUACUGAGCUAUAAAAGUUUAUGUAUUUCUGGGUUCUUGUUUUCUCUCUUCUCAAUUUUGAGUACUUUUAUCAUUUGAAUAUAUAAAUGUAAAAGAAAAUGUAUAAAGUCCUUGAGAGAAAGAAAAUAAGUCUCUGAUGGACAGUAUCAUUGCUUAUCUUCAGAAGUAGUUCUCAUUUCAGUUGUCACUUUGAUCUAGUCUUUGAACCUUUACCUAACAUGUGUAGCGUUUUUUACUUUGUGGUUUUCUUUAAGAUUAUAAAAUCUAUACCACAAAAGUAAAUUAGUUGGAAUGCAAUGGUUUGAAAUGUUGCUUUCAAUUUUAUUUAGUGUUCCUGUCUUUGUUUAAUAGGAUAUUAAUGAUGUCUUUGAACUUUGAGAGUUCUUGAAAAUACCCUUGUUCUUUUACAUUCCUCUCAUGUUUGAAAUUUGUAAAAAGAUUGCAACAUUUUGUUAUGGCAAUCUGUCACAUCUGAUGUAAGGUUCUAUUUAAAAGAAAAGAAGAAAAGUCUGAUAUGAUAUCACCAAAUGCAUAGGCAUAACAUAUAGGGGCAACAUAUACUUUUUUUGUCUCUUAGCUUAUCUUCACUGCUGCAUAAGUUACAUACUAGUAAUUAUGAAAAAAAAAAAUAAAUAAAAAAAAUAGCAGGGACAUCAGUACAUUUUUUAUAAUUCCCCAUUUACCUGCUAAACACAUCAGAAGUUGUAAUUUGUAGCAAGUAAUUGUCAUUUUAUCAUCAUUGUUGUACACUAUUGUUACCAAAAAGCUUAUCUUUGAUUCCUCAAAGAACAAUGAAAUUAUUGUGGGCAUAGCAAUUUUGUAUUUCUGUAACAUUUCUGCUGAAAAUUAUAAAAUAAUCUUUAAUUGUAUAUCUGGCUGUACAUGAUGAUUUGCCAAUAAAAAAAUUGUUAUAAGAAAA